UGACAUUCUUUGCGAAGAACGAGGAUUGAAAUAGCUUGAAGGACGGUGUUCAUGGUUCAAAGAACAUUUAAAUCUCCGUACAUAUCAUAAUUGUUUAAUUACAAUUAUUUAUAAAUCGUUGCAAAAUGUUGCGCGUCAUUGCGAAACGAGUACAGGGUGUAACCAUUACUUCUUUACGGACAUUUAGCGCACAGGAUUCGAGUACCAGUUCAUCUACAGCGAAUACCAACGUGCCAGGUCUCAGCAAUAAUGUUGUCAAAGUACCAAGCACACCUGUAGGACCUAACGCUUCCAAGGAUAAGGAAUACAAAAAUCCCGAGUACUUUUGCUAUCAUGUAGACUCGUUCGGGGAAGCCGAAAUGGAAUUGGCAAAGUACAGGUUGCCGGCACCAUCUAAUAGGAGAUCAUUUAAUAAAUAAACGAUAGAACAAAAGCUUACUGAUAGUAGGAACGAAAUAAUAAAUUUAAUAAGUUUAAAAAAUAUACAAGAGAUGGCGAGCUGUGUGUACAAAACUGUGUUACAUAUUAAUUAAGAAAAAUGUUUGAUGUAUCUGUGUGAUCCCCCUUGUCGUUUUCAUUUUAUCCCUGAGAACGGGAAUACUUUGUGUUGAAUGUUAUCGUAUAAUUGCCACUUAUAAAACAGACACAAAUGGCAUUGCA